AUGUUUCACGGCGCUGACAAGGCAGUCGAGGCGCUGCUUCGUGGCCAAGAAAGCGCUAAUCUCUUGAAGACAGUGCUCGAACACCAGAGGACAAGCUUAGUUUCAAUCGAGACCCUCUUCGAUACCGUUCUUGAUUCCUUCUCCUUUGCUCUCUCUCUUUUUACAUCUUCUAACACUCAGCCACACCGUGACUCUUCUCAGAGCAAGGCAGCCUCGGUGACGGCCCGUAAAUCUCCCAAGAAAAACACUAGUGGAGAAGAACAAUACAGCCAUGAUUCACCAACUCCGCUUCACAACGACGGUUUUACUUGGAGGAAGUACGGACAAAAGAACAUCAAAACCUCUUCCCACCAAAGGUGUUACUAUCGUUGCGCCUAUGCCAAAGACAGAAACUGCGAGGCUAUGAAGCGGGUGCAACAGAUCCAAGACAGUCCUCCCGUGUACAGAACAACUUAUGUCAGAAAACAUAUCUGUGAGGCUAAUGUUUUUUUGCUACCUAAUGACGAUAUUAUUAUUAACGGUUCCAAUAUGAUUCGGUUCGACAAAUUCGACCAAGCCAUGCCUGAAUUGGUCAUGCCUCAGCUCGCUCCGGUAGAACAACAGGCAAUAACAAUCGAAGAAGACACGGACCAAAUCAUGAACCUAGAAUUUGAUAUUGACGAGUUUGUGGUGGAUGAUGACCAGUUAUGGGGGUAUCAGUUUCCUCCGUUUUCUCCUGGAAAUUUUAUGUUUUUGGACGAUAUGUCUGAGUUUGAUUACAAUCAUUCCCAACUUUGA